GCUGUUGAUUGGUCCUUGUUUAGGUAAAAGGGCGAGCGCGGAGCUGCGGCGAGCGGUCUUCUGGGAAAUCAUGGCGUCCCUCAAUAGUAGGACGGCGGUCUGCGUGAUCUGUUUGGAGAAGCCGAAAUACCGCUGCCCCACUUGCCGCGUGCCCUACUGUUCCGUCACCUGUUUCAAGAAGCACAAAGAGGAGUGUAACCCUGUUAAGAAGAAAGGAACAGUGGCCCCUGUAAAUCCAAGGUCUGAGGAAAACAAAGAUGAUGACGCCUCUGUAGCUGAUUUCCUCAACAGUGAUGAGGAAGAAGACAGAGUGUCUCUGCAGAAUUUAAAGAAUUUAGGUGAAUCUGCAACUUUAAGAAGCUUACUGCUCAACCCCCACCUGAGGCAGCUGAUGGUUAACCUCGAUCAGGGUGACAACAAAGCAAAACUGAUGAGAGCCUGCAUGCAGGAGCCCUUGUUUGUGGAGUUUGCUGACUGCUGCUUAAGAAUCGUGGAACCAUGCCAGAGGAGGGACUCUUAAGACUGGACGACUCCUUGCUCAAGCUGCCCACCGCUCCUCCUAGGAGGAGGUUGUUUCCAAGGCCCCUGUAGGACGUGUGGGUGCUCACCCACCACACCGCUUGCUUCAGAUGAG